AUGGAAGAACUACAGCAGCGCCAUCGCAAGGAAGCCAAAGACCUGCAAUCAAGAAUCACUCAAAAGAAAAAGGCUGCCACCAAGAAGACGCGCAAAGGUGUCAAUGAUGAAUGCGACAAUUUGGAACGAGACAUGAAGGCCCGCCAUCAGGAAGAGAUCCGGGCCAUGACUGCUCCUACCGAUGGAGAAGCAGACGACAACGACACAGACAGAGACCAAGACGAAUUGGCCGACCGCGCAGAAGCCCUCGAGAUCGCUCCCCAAACCACAGAUUCAAAACCAGAGCCCACAUCCUCCGCACCACCAGAUCCACCAAUCGCCCCGGCACCCAAGAAGCAGAACCGCGCAAAAGCCCGCCUCGCCCGUCGCGCAGCCGAGCAAGAAGCCCUGAUAGCCUCCGCCGCCGAAGAAGCCCAAGACAUUCCCAACCUCAAAGCCGUCGAGCGCGAGAGUAUGCUCAAACAGUUCGCUGCCCGCAAGCUCGCCGAGAAGGAAAUCCGCGCCGAUGGUCACUGCCUCUACUCUGCCAUUGCCGACCAACUCCAACAACUGGAAAUCCCCUUGGGCAGCGCGCCCUCUUCCACCCCAGACAUUGCCAGCACACUCGAGCCCUACAAGAUUGUGCGACAAGCUGCUGCAGAGUACAUUGAAGCGCAUCCAAAUGACUUUACUCCGUUCCUGGAAGAGCCUCUGGACUACUACAUCUACAAGAUCAAGAAUACUGGCGAGUGGGGUGGUCAACUCGAAUUGAUGGCUCUGGCAAAGAAAUACGGCGUCGCUAUCAGCGUGCUACAGGGCGAUGGCAGAGUUGAAGAGAUCAAUCCGAGUGCUGAGGCCAACGACAAGCAACUGUGGUUGGCAUACUACAGACAUGGCUUUGGUCUUGGUGAGCACUACAACUCAUUGCGCAAGGCUGGUUGA